UUCUUGUGUUUUUCUAAUACAAUUUAACGCUCACGGUAGAAUCGUACCAGUGCCGGAACCAUUUUCCUUUUCGUAGUCGAAGAACCUUCGCGUGACGCUUAACGUUAUUAUUUCUUCAUAUAUAAAACAACGAUUCAAUCUCCGCUCAGUUGUGUAUCGAAGCUACAAAAACCAAUGGAAACUUUAAAUAGAAAAGAAGGGAUAUUUCCAGGAUUUCCGUUAACUGUUGAUCCCUCAACGCCCCAUCGCCAUCUGGCCGGCAGUCUGCGAGGUUCAGUGAACUAUUCUCACAACCAUCGGCACAACCACCUCCACAGACAUGAUCCACCGCUGCCACCCGCAUACUGUACACCACCUCCGCCAUCGUCCUCGAGUUACCCCACAGUGCAGCGUGGCUGCGCCCUGCAUUCAAGGCUCGACCAGCCGGUGACCAGCUCGACGUCCGGAAUGGACAGCAAAAAGGUUGUCCAGGCGGCGCCCCUCCCCGUACCUGUCCAGGUGCGUAGCAAGAACGAUGGCUCGGGGGUGGCAGCUUCCGUGUCGGGUGUUCGCCGACGAAGCGGAUCUCAGGGUUUACGAUCGCCUGCCGCAAAGAGGCCGCUAUCCGCCCCUGUCGCCCUUCAGGGCUGGCUACACAAACAGGGUUCCGAGGGUCUGAUGCUGUGGAAGAAACGGUGGUUCGUCCUCUCCGAGUACUGCCUCUUUUAUUACAAAGGUCCGGAAGAGGAGAAAUUGUUGGGCUCGAUAUUGUUACCAUCGUACAAGGUCACCGUUUGCAAGCCCGAGGAUAAAGUUAAUAGAAAAUUCGCAUUCAAAGCGGAACACGCGAAUAUGAGGACGUACCAUUUUGCAGCGGACAGUUUCGAGAGCAUGAAUCAAUGGGUGAACGCGUUAACUCUGGCGACACUUCUUCAGGAUCCGAACCCAAAUAUCAUCAGCGGACUCGGCGAGGCAGCGGUGGUGAUCGAAAUAGCAGGUCAGCAAGAUGGCGAACGAAGCGCAAGACCGAGCGUCUCCUCGAUAUCCUCGAUCCUGAAUCACAGCGCCGACGACAGUGAUUCUGGUUUCCAUGGUUUUCAAUCUCGGGACGAUCCCAGCCACGCGUCCAACAAUAAUUCAAGCCCGAACAGCGUGAACACUGCCUCAUUUCCCAAUCUCAGUGGCAGCAACAGCAACAGCACCACCAAUAACAACAAUAACAAUAAUACCAACAAUAAUGUUGCGCUGGUGAACUCUAACAACAACGUGAACGAAGUUCAACCAAUGGUGAACGGUUGGAUCCAACAACAGACUCCGUACAUUCAAGCCAGUACGUCUCAGCAGCAACAGCAGUACGGUCAAUUGAUGCCGUCUCCUCAACAACUGCAACAGGCGAUUCUUCAUCAGCACAUAUCCCAUCAGAACAGCCAAUCGGUUCAUCAAGUUCACCAACACAAACACGUAGUUCAACAACAACAACAACAACAACAACAGAGCCAGUCUCACUUGGCCAGCAACGUUCAAACUGUCCAACCGAUGCCCAGGAAGUUCGGUCAACCGAUCUACGCGAACGCGCCUCCGAAACCCCGAAGACUGACCGACGGUUCGACCGAGUAUUCGACGCCAUCCCCGGACCCGGACUACAGGAAGUCGCCAGUGUCGCCGGACGUAACGGUGACCAGCAAAAGUCCAAUGUCUGACUACGAUAGGAACAGCAUGAUCUACGGAACCAGGAUGAGUCAGCCGUCCCAGCAGAGUCUGAGAACGGACAAGUCGGGCUUGAAUUAUGGCUACACCGGCCAGGUGCAGACUGAGAGGCGCACACCGGACACGUACGGACGUAGCGCGGCGAAACCGAGGUCGAAUCACAGAGGGAACGGCGACUACGAGGAAGUUUAUGGCGCGCCUCAACUCUACCAGAGGCCGGCUGGUCCUGUUGGUUACACGAAAGGAGCUUCACCGGCUCCUAUACCGAUUCCGCUUUACGCUCAGCAACAUCAACAGUAUCAGCAGCAAAUUCAUUCUCCCGUCGCCGCUUCUAACGUGCCAAUAAUGAGACAACCGAGAGGCCAACCACCGCCACGGCCGCACAGCGCUGACUUUUUAGAGUACGAGGCGAACAGGAAGCCGCAACAACAGCUACCGCCGCAAUGCGAAGAAUCGUUGAAUCAACAGAGGCGUCCGCAGAGGCCUAAAUCGAGUUUAGACAUAGUCACUCCGUCGGACGCUGCUAACGAUGGAUAUUUCUAUUCCGAGGAGAGAUACGCGGCACAGAUGCGCCAGUCGGCGGUUUACCUCCAUCAGACACCGCAGCAUCAUCAGCAACAAAGGAACCAAUCACUUUCCCGCGCGACAAUGCCGUCGAAAGCAACGGGAAUUCGCGAUGGUAGAAGCGAGGAUGGUAGAAUAGCUACGUUACCGGAAGCUUCCUGCACGGGGCUGAGGCGAGGGCAACGCGAACACGUUCAUCAGCAGCACGUGAUGCCGCAUCAGUCGCUGCAGAGGCAUACCGAAAUGAACAGCAACGAAGCGAAGAUGAGGAGGUCGUUGCGGGAGAAGAGCUACGAGCCAAGCAGUCGAGAAAUGCUGAGUCACGUGGAGGAUGGAACGGUGCCUCGACGAAUUCCACGGGAUUACGAGUCGUCGAUGGGGUGGGGUAGAUCGACGACGAGUCACACGAGUCAGGGGGCUCACGUGGGCCAACCGUGUCACGCCGCUCACGGUGCUGCCAGACGAUGGAACGAUCAGCAACAGUUCUGCAGGUCGGCGUCCGCGCGGCUUCCGAGGACGCGACAUCCGGCAGCCUUGGACCCGGACGACGACGACUACGGCGAACGAUCUUCCGAGCAGGACUCGCGGGAUGGUGAACGAAAGAUCCAACAGCGAGAAGAGUCGAUGAAGCGGUUGCUGGAAUGGAAGCAGCGGAUGCUGCAAUCGCCCCUAACCCGGAAGCCAUCCGGUUCUGCAAACAGAGGCAGGAUGCAGAACGAGCUGUCGAGCUAUUACAAGCAGCAAGCGUUACUGGAACUGGCUGCCCACGAGGCAUCGGUUGCCGAGAGCCGUCAUUCCCGAAGAAGAGAGGACGGGCAUCGUCCGCACGCUCGAAGCAAAAGCACCGACGGACGUCGAACUGUCGCGAAUGUUUCUCGGUACAACAGCUACUCCAGCGACGACGAAGAGCUGGGAGAUGUCCGGAGGAAGCGAACGCGCAGACCCUCGCAUGCAGGAAGGAGCCCCCGGCAGCUCGGAGACAAUCGUUCGUCGGGGAUCCCGGUUCAGGACUCGGUUCCUGGGAGCGGCCGUCAGAAUCCGAACGUCCUGAGGGGCUCGAACGAUCAUCGAACGAGUCCGAUCGCUUCGGUGCUGCCCAAUUUGGGCGGUAUACCACCCGACGCCGGCUACGAGGAGGUCAGCUUUCCACCCCCUCAGAGAACCGAUCGUUCGCCGUCUUAUUUUCCUUCGGAAGCGCACAGAUCGGUCGGCAGACGCGAUCAUCAAGAACUGGACGCUUCGUACGAGGAGGAGAAAUUCAAGAAGAAGCCUUCUGGAAUUCUAAAGACAUCUACCACUUAUGGCGUCGAGCAAUCGAACAAGAGUCCAAACUCGUCCUCGUCGUCUGGUUACCCGGCCGAGUCUUGGUCCGCUCAGAAAACCGUUCAAUGGACCACGAAGAAGGAGCGAGACGAUUGGGAUUCCAACAUCGACGAGAGCAAGGUUAUCAAGGAGUUCUCUUAUCAGUACAUUAAACCGAAGGAGGAAGUUGAAUCAGGAGAGGACGAGAGAUCGCCGGGUAAACCGGAAGCAAUGAACUUGGUGCAAUGUAGAAUCAGGUCGUUCGAGUCGAACAUAGACAAUUCUAGCCCGGUCAAAGAAGUUCUCGCGAUGCAGGAACCUUUGAAAGUUUCUCCGCUUCAAGCUACCGAAGCUCAUGUCUCGAAGUUGGAUUGUUCGAAGAAGAGUUCCUCGAUCAUCCGCAACUUCGCGCUAGGCGAGGCUGAGUCUCAAGAUUCCAAGUACAGGAACGUAAAAGAGGGCCACGCCAAACAGGCGUCGACGGAUAGUAACAAGUCGGUGAAGGACUUGCUGGCGGAUUUCGAAAGGAAGUCGCAGCAAGUUCAGAGGCAGGAAUACGGAAGACGACAAGAGGUGAAACACCGCGGAGUGUUCAGCGACUCGGAAGCCCUGUUGUAUGAUACGGGAAGCGAUCUGGAUCAGCGGGAGAAGAACGAUGAAACGGGAAACGAGAGAGACUGCAAAACGGAUCAAGUUGUACCUGAGCCUAUUAACGAUUACAAACCUUACGCUGACGCGACGAAGAAGAAAGGAGACGCGUCCUUUCGUCGAAAGAAAAGAUCACCCUCCAAAGAGAGCAUGACUGAUGAAAUUCCCAACGAGGAUCUGGACACUGUAUCAAAUCCCAGUUGCAACAGACUGAGCGUCACAGAAUCCUUGUUAACUCAUGGCGAUCAUUUCUCUGGCGAGAGUGGAACCACCAGUCCCACGGUGAAACAGGAAGACAUCAACCCCGAAGAACACUACCUCCCCAUGUCGCCUAGGAAAGCUAUACUGGACCCUAACUGCGACGACAGACCGAAUCCAAACAUGAUGGAAAGUCUGUUCGCCACUUUGGAACACGAAGAAAGUUCGUACGUGGAAAUGGCUCAGAACGGGAUGACGCAUUCCCUUCUGGCGCCUACCGAAGAGAAUAGGAAACACGAUUCUGGCGAUUAUUCCACUUUGGACACUCCUCACUACGAGUUCGUCUGCGUUUCCGAUAGUAAGAUGGAGCCUGUUUACAUGGAAGUGAGUCAAUUGUCGGAAAAGGAAGAGAAAGAUGGCGGUAAGUUGCCGAAGAAGAGGAGUCACGAUGAUUCCAACCAUUCGAGAACAGAUCUCCCUGAUAUUUUAACGACCCUCAAGUCCGACAGCUCGGACGCCGACGACGAGUCUUCGAAAGAUCUCGACUCGAUCGAUGCUCCAAGACAUCCUCGAUUCAGUUUGUCAGACACCUUCAGACCCGCUUCUUAUUAUUUGGGCGCCAGUCGGACGAUGAUCGCAGAGUUGCAUGAUUCGUCCGACAGCGAACUAGUGUCUCCUCCUCCUAUUCCAACUACACCUCCCCCGUUGGACGACUUGGACUCGUUGGAUAUGCAAGAGUCCUUGGAGAUCAAGAAGGUGUCUCCUCAGGUAGCGGUGAUGAAGGACAAUAGCUCGAACAGAGACUCCCCGAAGUCGUGGAACAAACCGAUGGGUCAAGUUGAAAGCCAUAGACCACCGUCUAGAUUUUCAGACGCCACGAUCAGUUCUACUUUUCGAGACAGUCGAAUAUCCUUGGAGAGCGCGUCUGGAAGCGAUUCCGUCGAGCUAAGAACGCCGGAGGAGGAAGCUAGGCAUAGACAACUGAAAACCAGGCCAGUUAGCGAAGUUUGCGAAGUUUUAGACAGUUUAGACGAAUUAGAGUCUCUUGGGAGUCGCUUCGACGGAGCCAGCAUCGACUUGGAUCAGUAUCUUGAAGAGCUCCAGGCACGCGACGCGUUCAACGUUGACUUGUACGCGAAAGAUCUCAGCUACAACAGCAUCUACGGCUUCAACGAGAACAUGCUGGUGGUGGAUAAACUUCAGAAGACCACCUGUCACGACCUCUCGGGCCAGGUGAAUCUGGGCUUCGAUAAUCUUGAACAAUCCAUGAGAUACGGUAAUGGAAACAAGAUGGGAUCUGCCAGCAGUCUGCCUUCGAUGAGAGUCUCCGACGUUGUUCCACCUUCUCAUCAACAUUCGCAGUCUUUCACCGGCGAUGCUCAUUACGAGAAUAUCACGAGUUUUUCGCCUCUCAGAGGCUCGCCGGCAAUCCGAUCGGACAACGAACAGACGCGAGACGUUGGUCACAGGCUUCAGAGAGGGUCUCAGAAUAAUUUGCUGACCGCUUCUCACAGCAGAGACUCCAGCUAUUCGAUCGCGUCCGGUGCUGCUUCGAUUUCAACUUCCAUGGCUUGUCAGAGACCCGCCAGUGCCCAGUCUUCGAUGCACUCCCCAACGGGAUCCAUCUCCUUAGGAAAUCAUCACGGCAACAAUCUGCCAACCAGCGUACUACGAAACACCAGUCCCUAUUCCGAUCAACGUUUCCAGAAUCACUCCAGAUCCGCCAGUCAAGACUCUGCACGAUACUCGAUGAUAUCUAACCACAGAUCUUCCUCGAGCCAGGACUCGAGUCAUUAUCCCACCUCGACUCCCACCGUCAAAACAAAUCACCCUUCGCAAUCCUAUUUACCGAGCGAGACGCGUGCUCAGAGCGAACAGUCUGGCGCGCCCUAUUACUAUUCCGACCUACAAGCUAGCGCGAACGCGGUCGAUAGCGAAUCGAGCAAACCGCACAUCCCCAGGCUGCCCCAGUUGAACAAUCAAAGGGACGACGCGUCGGCGUUGAACAAAAAGAACGACAUAGGUCGCAUCGUCAAUCCCAUAUCGAGGCAGAUGCCCAGACAGAUCCAGGUCGACGACAUCGACGAGGCUAGACGCAUAGCCGCCGAACUGAGAAAGACCACGUGUCAAUUGUUGGGCGACAAUAAAGUUGACCUGGUGGACAAGAAGAAUUUCUACGAAGCGGAUACCCUUAGGAGGGUGAAGUCCACGGAUCUUCUACCGGACAUUUCAUCGGCAGAGAUCAGCCCCAGGAAUCUAUACCCUCAUGGUCUUCGAGACAAGUCGAGCAGUCAGGCGAGUAAUCGAGAGACUUUCGAACUGACGCAUGGAACGCAGACGUCGCAUCGUAGAUCGAGGUCUUUGGAGGGUCUCCUGGACGACGUGGGUCUUCAGAAUCUGGUGGAGCAAAGGAACCGAAGCAAUCGCGUGGCAACUGUCCAACCGACUCAAGUGGACGAGAUGCCGCAGAGUAUGGGCACCGGUAACGUUUCCGGUUCGAAUAGUAACUUCAGCGCCGAAGACCCCUGGGAACAGGACUCUCUUUGGAGAGAGAGCCUUCGAAGAGUGAGCCUGAGGAACGCCAGAUCCCUGGACAACCUGGACAGCCCGCCAAGACCGUCGAUGUCCACCUCGGACACGAAGAGUCGGAACAAAGUAACCCGCGGUGCCACUUACGUGAACGAUAGCGUGAUUUUGAGAAGGGAGAAUUGCAUGGAAGAACAACAGUCGGAGAGACCUCGCGUGAAACGCAGACCGAACAAGGAUGAGGAGAGGCUUCUGGACGAUCUGACUUACGAGAGCCUGUCGAUGGACCGAAUUCACGCCGGUGGCUACGUCUGGGACGCCGAGAACGAGGCUUACAGGAAGGCGACUGACGAUGACAGGAAUCAUUUUUUAGAGGAAGGCAACCUUCCCCCGGUUCGCUCGAUCUCGGAGAGCCAGGUGUCAGCCAGCACGUCCGCGGCGUUCGAGCUGGACCGAGAGAAACUGCGGCAAUGGGACCUGUUGUCGAGCGCCUGCUUGCUCCAGGAACAGCAGCGCGGCUCGAUGGCGGACUCGGGGCGAGGGUUGCCAAUUGUAGAACGACCUGGAGACAUUCCCCUACCGCGUCUCAGCAUCCCUACUACACCGACAAUUGUGCCUGCGGUCAACGAUCCAGAUGUCGGUUUAAAGGUGUUGGACAACGGACUGGAGAACGUAUCGACAGCGACCACGACCACGACCAUCACCACGAGCACGACGAACGGGGCUCAGCAGCUGAAGGAGAGCAACGAGGCUUGUUGUAACAGGGCUGCUGCAGCGUCCGGAUCUGGAUCGGUGAUAGGCAGAGAUCCGCUUCCACCAAGGGCUGUCAGCACGUCGCAGUUGGCUCAGAGAACGCAAACGCAGCCCCCAACCACCGUGUCCACCCUUCCAUUAUCAAGAAAUAACGCAUCGCACAGGCAACCGUUACCCCUUCAACAAUCCACCCCUCAAUCGGUCAGGCAAUCGGACAUCGACGCGAUGUCAAACUCGCAGCUUUUGCGAGCAGCCAGCAACGGUGAUAUUGGAACAAAUUCUGUGAUGAUAAACAGCAGCGAAGGAAAGGACCAGAGGUUAACAUCCCCUGGGGGUCACUCCAAUCAGCGACUAAUUAGUCCGGCAGGAGCAUUAAGGGUUGUUUCUUUGAACGACCAUCGAGUUUCCAGCCCUAGCGACAGCGAUAUACGAAUUCAUAGUCCAAUCGAAAGGAACAUGAUCAGCCCGAUCGGUAGGGAAGUGGAUCGUGGCGGGGGUACGGCUGCAAGGCAGAAUCAACGUGCAUGGGAGUGCAACGAGUUGCUGCAUAAAAGGAGCAACGUGACCGGGUGCAAGCUGGCGCAACCGGGAACCCACGGACUGGUUCGCGUAUCCGCUGGCGAACUACUCGGCAGGACCCACGAGGAGCUGGUGCUCCUGCUGAUCCAGCUGAGACGGCAAAACGCCACCAUCUACAAAGCGAUGGAGACCUGCCACAUGGAGAUCGAGGCACAGGCUAGAUUGGCAGAGCUCGAUACGCCGCGACGAUUGGAGAAUCUUCAGAAACUCGAGGAGCUGAAGAAACACCUGAUGGAUCUUGAAAAGCAGUACGAGAAGGGCAAGCCGCUGGUGAACCUCGUGGACAACAUGGUGAAAUUGGGUUCCCUCUACAAUCGUAACACUGCCAAUGGGACCAACAGCGUCUCGGGUUCUCGACACGACCUGGCGCACGACAAUUCCAGGGAUCAUCGUCUGGAAUUCAAUCAGAAGGUCCAGGAACAGCGUCUGUUGGCCGAGGAACGAAGGGACUGGGACCGAUUGAGCCCUGACCAUGGACAACUUCAGGCCAAGGUGCAGCAGCUUUACAAACUGGAUCGUCUGCUCCAGGAGGAAUCCGGAACACUUCACAGUCUUCAGCAAGACAAGGAGAUCCUGGAGAAGGCUCUGGGAGGCCUACGGCACAAACUGCAGGGCAGCAGGAGUAAUCUGGCGGAAGCUGAGAGGUACAGGAAACAGCAGCUUCUAUUGGAGAGGGAACUGAGCAGAGUGAGGGUGUUGCUCGCGCACAAUUCCAAGAAACUGGAGGAAACGGUCGCUGAGAAUGCUAGACUGGAACAGGACCUGGUGGUACUGCGACAGAAGCUGCAAGCAUCGAGAAGGUAUGCUGGAAAUAUGACCAGAGACACUUCGGCUACCACUGGUCCUCUGGAAGUGGAAUUGAGAAGGGUUCAGCAGCUGGUCGGUGAUCUUCAGAGGCAACGAAAAGAAUUGAGCGUUCAAGUAAGACAACUGACGGAAAAAUCUCACAGUUUGGUGCAACAGAUUCGUCCUCAGCCUCCUUCAGCACCCCAGGUACAUCAGCCCAAGAAACGAACACAGAAUUCCUGGUUGGAAACCGAUCUUGAUUCCGGGAUAACGUUAGACCACGGUUUAGAUUCCCCUUCGAGUCCCGCUUUGUCUUCUUCACCCCGUGGCAAACAGAACGGUGGCUCGUACCUGCACUUCAGUUCGUCGACGCAGAUCAAAGAUUCUUCGCCUACGAAUCGUCAACAGAACCAUCAAACGUUCCCUCAAUCGCCGCAGAAUCAUAUCUCUUCGCUGUCUCCUCAAUUACGGGAACAGAUUCAGCAGCAUCAGUUGAAGCAACAACUAUUAAAGGAUCAGAUGCAAGGGAAGGGUAAUUUGAUGCAAGCGAAUGUCGCGCCAUUAUACGUGAACACGGAGUCUAGAAUGCAUGAGAAUAACAAGCACGAAGAAAACCUAACUAAUGGCACAGUUAUCCCUCCGCCAGAGUAUAUUCCACCACCCCCGCCGCCACCCUUGAACGAGGAGACGUUGCUAAACGACAAUUACAGGCAAAACGAGGACAACAAGUUUGCAGGCUUGAUUCACAACCGCGAGAAGCAAGAAAUAAAAACAGUGAGAAUCGUGAAACGGGAAUCGGAAAGACGACAACGGGAUCGUGGAGACAGGACCGGGAACAUUGGAAUUCCAUUAACGAACGGGCUCCAAGCGCCUGGGGGUGCGAAGAGAUUGUGCGACGACGAUCUGGGAGGCUCUCAAAAGUUCGAGAAGGCUCAAUUAGGAAAAGUUGUAGAAGAGUCACCAAUGAUUCACGCUCAAAGCACAGUCCAGUUGACGGACUUGGACGACGUGCAGUUCCAAAGAAGCAUGUCCUUACCGAGGGGUUUCGGUGGACAGCGACAACAGCAACCGGAAAUACAUCAAGUACCGGUCGUACCACCUCCCAGGAGCGACAGUAUGCACGCCUUGAGAAGCAUGCUUGCUCGACGAAAUAAAGUUAGGUUCGAAAGUCAGGACGUCAGCUCGGACAGUACGCUGUCCCCGUACACGGACAGCCACACCUCGAGUUCCCACCUGCCUAUGAGUUCGCCAAACUAUUCGACCAGUCCGUCUUACAGUCCCAGCCAACAGCCUUACCCUGGCCAACCGAUCAGAUCGAACCAGCAGGCUGUGUAUUACCAGCAAUACAGACAUUACGAGAAUCCGAUGUCCAGUAGAGCAGAGAACUCUGGAGACCCGGUGAGCCCGGAACUUUUGUCGCCGACUAGUCCGGACGUUCAGGACAGAGCUUUCGGCUCGACGUUGAACGUGAACGCCUCGAACUCGCCGCAAUUGUCGCCGGUGUUCAAAAGCGAAGCCGCGAAACAGAUAAUCAAGGAGAUGACGGAGAGAAAGGUGGAGGGACCUAGACGAAGGCAGAUACCACGCGAGAAAAGACGGCACUAUACCGUGUCCAGUAGCAAACCCGUCCUCGACUUAGAAGACACCUUCUCCAAGAUGGGAAUGGGUAGAGCAAGAGACGAUUUAGAUAUGGAACGAGCGCUCAGGCCGAGGAUUAAUGCUCCUGACGUCGUGAGAUCCACUUUGAGCCACAAGGAAUUGAAGUACAACGAAAGUACUAUCGAUCAGCUGCUCGGGACUCCGAAUAAAAUCGUCAUCCCCGAGAGAUAUAUCCCUGAACAGACACCAGAAUUGACUGCUGAAGAACAGCAACAUCGGCUGAAGAAAGCGGAAGCGAUCAGGAAGAUGCUCUCGGAGACCACUGUCACUGCGCCAGAAGGAAAUGACGACAAUAUUAAUAUAGAGAAAUCUGACAACUUGAAGAGAAAAGUGGUGGAAGAGAAACGACAGAGAGAUCACAUUCUACAGUUAAAUCAAAUUCUAGCAAAACAAGUUAUGGAAAAGAGCAAAAUGGUAGCUGUGAAAGCCUUGGCUACCCUUCCUUUGAACACCGAAUCGAGCUUAGACGACGAGGAUCUCUCGCCAGUGACACCAUUACCGCUCUAUCAGCAAAGAGAAAAUUAUUAUUCGUAAGAAGAAUAUGAAAAGAAAAUAAAAAAUAAAAUCCUCUUUAGCACAAAACACUACUGCCAGCCCGGAACAACAGAGGAACAAAACAUCUUUUUGAAACUUUACAGGUGAUUCGCCUGAUACCUGCGAUCACGGUAACAUUAACGAUAAGGAAACUGUGUUUUCUUUUCUUCACUUUCUUUGUUUCUUUUUAUUUGCAUUAGAAUUGUACAUAAUCAUUCGUUAAGUAAACUGAUAAUAAAUAGCUGUCCUCUGAGUCGUCGAUAACGAAUAGUUAAUAAUAAUGGAUGUCGAACAGAAUUAGAUGAACGAUAUUUAUAAAAGAAGAUAGUAAAUAUCGAGACGAUUAAUGGAAAUAAAGAAAGUUUUAAUUUUGUUUAUUA